AUGGCAGAAAAAACGGCAUCCAACAGUUCCCACGAGAGUCCCCUAAGCGCCUUGCAAGAGCCACAAGAAAUAGCAAAUGCUCUUGUGCGACUUGCGGCUUCGCUCAAGGCCAUGGCCUCGUCGAAUGCGAGUGCUGUGAGUACUGGUAAUUCGCCUCGCAUCACCUACUACCGAUCAUUACCGCCAGUUGUAUCGCAGGCCUACGAUUUGCUUCAGCAAGGAGCUGCGCUUGUACAUGGGACGAGUACAAAAUACACACUGGUGGGGAAAAUCGACCGUUCGGACCAACCCAAUCUAGCGCAGGACCUACUACAGGGAUGUCAAUUGAUCGGUACGGCCUGUAUCAUUUGUCACGAACCGGCGUCAGGAUGUGGGGUGUCUGCACGAUCGCAUAUAUUACAAGCUGCGCGAGCAAUUGUUAAUACCACGCUGCAACUGGUGCUAUCUUUCAUUGAUGAGUCGGCCUUGGAGGAAAACGUCGGUGCCCAAAAGACGGGAGCAGUUUGGUCUUCCUGCGACGUCGUGCUCAGCAAAACGGUUCCGUUAGGCAAUCGGAAUGCUAUUCGACGUGAUCUUUUUACGUACAUAAUGGAAUGCAACGAAACAAUGACUGAGUUUCAAGACCUUAUUGACCUGGGCCCAUCAUCGGCGGAAGAGGUCAGCGCAAACAAUCACAGCGAGACUAACGAGCAUGGAAUUGUAGAAGUGGAAGACGAUGGAUGGGACGCCUUCUUGCAAGGCCAGGACAGUCAAUUCACAAUGGAUGAGUUGCCUGUGGCUGUCGCCUCUUUGGCUCUCGUCAAAUGCUCUCGAGGCAGUUUGAACGUCACACUGCAAGCGUGCGAAGCUGCUGCUAGAGAUGAGACUUCUUUAGCAGAGUUUCAAGAGCAGGGAUGCCAGGACAGAUGCGAUUGGAUUUGUCAACUGGUGGAAAAAGCUCGGGCUGUUGGAGACGGCAUGACAGAUCUGGGUGCCUGCAUGUAUCCACCGUUGAAUUUGGACGAGUUGCUGGCACAAAUCGAGCGACAGACGACGUGCAUCGAAACGGUAGUACUGCAUAUUUUGGACGCAAGUUUGGUGCACGGGAUUUUGGAGUUACCAGACGAUGUAACGGAAUUGGUAUCGAAAGUACAAUCGGCGCUGGCUACUCGACAACGAGAAGCGUUGGAGGCUAUUGUGCAAGCGAAAGCCUACCGUUAA